GAAUGAUGAAUGUGCACUAGAAGGCUGUUUUCACAUUCAUCUGCUGAAGGAGGAAGGUUUCUGUGUCCAGUAUUCAACUCACGCUAAUAGCACAGAGGAGGGUCUAUUUGCGCGCUCCCGUACGUGCCCACCUCCUGUCUGCCAUCCGAUCCUAACCCGGUCUGUUCGCUGACUCAGUGCCUUAAGCAGCAUCACCGUUCACCUGAACAGAGCUACAGCAUCCUCUCCGGAGAAAUACAUCAGCCAUGGCCAAAACAGCAACCGCAUACAAAGAGAAGAUGAAGGAGCUGUCUGUCCUCUCCCUCAUCUGCUCCUGCUUCUACCCAGAGACACGCAACAAGCUCAUGGGUGAAUUUGAAGACAUGGAGGUGAAAACUUUAAACAAGCGGGCCUCUGGCCAGGCUUUCGAGGUUAUUCUCAAGCCUCUGUCCCCAGUAUCGGAUGUAACCCACAGUCUCCCUUCACCCCCCAAGAGGGCCAUCUCCUUGGAGGAAAUUGAGAAGAAACUGGAGGCUGCUGAAGAUCGGAGGAGGUCCCAAGAAGCCCAGUUGCUGAAGGCUUUGGCAGAAAAGAGGGAGCAUGAGAGGGACGUGUUGCUAAAGGCCAUGGAAGAGAACAGCAACUUCAGCAAGAUGGCCGAGGAGAAGCUCCAGAUGAAAAUGGAGCAGAUCAAGGAGAACCGUGAAGCCUAUCUGGCAGCCAUGCUUGAGCGUCUACAGGAGAAGGAGAGACAUGCAGCUGUGGUGCGCAGGAACAAAGAGCUGAAGGAAGAGCUGACAGCAUGAGCAUCUCACGAGUCCUGACUUCCAUGGUCCAUCUACGUCCCUACAUCCAGCCCCCUUCCCCGCCCUGCUCCCAUCCCUCUCCAGAACAGACACCCGACCCUGGAGCCAGAUAGGUGGAGGACCUCACCACCACAUCACAACACACCACACCACAAUACUCACCACUAUCAGUAUUAUCAAUGGAUACAAACAUCAGUAACACUCAUCUUGAGAACUGAAUGGAUUUCUUGAUUUUAGAGAAAAUGCGAGAAUAUGGCUAUUAUUAUUUUGUAAAUACCUUUUUUUUUCAAAUCUAUCUAUCUAUCUAUCUAUCUAUCUAUCUAUCUAUCUAUCUAUCUAUCUAUCUAUCUAUCUAUGAUGGUAGGUGAAGUACAUACAAAGGUUGUAAUGUGCUCCACUGUACAAUUCAAACAUUUUGUUUGUAAUUGAUUAACGUUUCAGUUCUUGAAAUUUGACUCUACAACCAUUUUUCUUGUGAAAGCCUUUGGUGUUGUGAGUUGGCUGUAGAUUGACAUUUGCAGUGUUUCCUGAUGAUGUCAUGAUGAUGAUGAUGUUUCUGUGUCUUUGUGAAGAAUGACGGUUGGUGUAUCUAGAAUGCAGACUCCUCAAGAUUUCAACGUAUCCCACCUGUAUCUUCCGCACGCACGCCUACUCAUUCUCAGCACACACGCUUGGAAUUUAAUAAUACGCCAAACCCACAGAUUUAAAAAGUGUCCACUUCCUCUGAAACUGAGCUUGAUAAUGAACUUGAUAGGUGCUUUACUAUGAUAAUUAAGAAUGUCUAUGCCCAAUGGGAGCAACUGUUUAUAAACUUGCAGAUUCCAACUUAACCUGACAAUUCCAUUUCUCAAUGAAUCCAUCUUUAGCCGACUCAAUCGCUCUGUUAUGUACACAGUAUUUGGGGAUUAAUCUCUUUAAUGUUAUGACACCAUACUGGUACCACGCAUAGUGUCUUGGACAGUGGAAUGUGCCGUUGCUCCCACCUUGAUAUUGAUAGCGUGAACAUAACGUAUGUCUGCGUGGGUGUGUGAGUUUACCAUAAGGCAUCAUUAGCAUCUGCUCUCUGUAGGGGUUUAGAUAGAGAAUGGAUGCAGGAUGCUUUACAUUCAGCACACUGAACUAGUCUCUUUUUAAUAUACAAUACCACUGAUAACUGCCUGCAUCCUCUUGCUGCUUGUGUUUCUCCCUUCAUAUAUUUCUCUGUGAAAGCUUUGCUGAAUAAAGGUUUGGGGUUCUGUGAACAUGGCAUGCACCAUCUAAUAAUUUUUCUGUGCUAAAAGACGAGGGAAAAUGUAAACUGCCAAA